UCCCCCGCCGGAGGAGGCCCAUGAGGCGCAGCAUGAGGCGGCGGCGGCGGCGUGGGGGGGCGGCGUCGUCGUCGUCGUCGUCCUGCGGGCCGGGGGCGUCCUCCUCGUCGUCGUGGUCGUCGUCGUGGCGGCCGGGCCCGCGGGAGGCGGAGGAGAAGGUGGUGUACUCGCGCUCGCAGCUGUCGCUGGCCGGCAGCACCCGGGCGCUGGGCGACGCCUUCAAGCUGUUCAUGCCGCGCAGCACGGAGUUCAUGAGCUCGGACGCGGAGCUGUGGAGCUUCCUGUGCAGCCUGAAGCACCAGUUCUCCCCGCGCAUCCUGCGCAGCAAGGACGUGUACGGCUACGCGUCCUGCCGGGCCCUGGUGCCGGAGCCGGCCCCGCCCGGGGCCCCGGGGGCGACGGCGGCGGCGGCGGCGAGGGGGCGGCGAAAGCGGCGGAGGAGGCGGCGGCGAAGGCGGGGCCGGAGGGGGGAGGCCCCCCGCGCCGAGGCGGCCCCGGAGGCGGCCCGGUUCGGCGGCCGCUCGCUGGAGGCCAUCUGGAGGGCCGCCACCCCGCGCAGCCCCGCCUCCUUCCCCUCGGUGCGGGUGGGCGGCGACGUGUGGGCCCGCCGCGGCCUGGCCCUGGCCCGCCGCCGGGCCCGCCGGGCCCUCAGGGUCGACCUGGACCCCGUCGUCCGGCUCCGCCGCUUCCCCGUGGCCGCCCCGAGUCGUGACCUUUGACCCCUCGGCCCCCCCGCUGUCAGUCUACUGUUUACACCCCCGGCCCGGGGCCCGCCCUGCACUUUACCGACGGUCACAAAAACACCCCCAGCCCCUUCGGACUCUACCUCACCGGCCCACCGAAGAAGAAGAAGAA